CAUGUUGCUAUUUGCAAACUCUUCCUAGUUGCUUCUAGGGGGGAGGAGACAAAGACACGCGAGGCUGUGCUCUUGCACGGGUGUUUUCAAUGCUUCAAUUGCUCCCGUGCCUUUCAGGGGAUUUGUUUCUCCCACCCCCUUUUGCAUGUUGACUCAUCUGCACUUAUUCUAUAGGCUGCUUUCCGACGAUCCCAAGUUCCAGGCGCAGUCCCUAGCAGCACAGUGGCUAUCUGAACUCGGCUCCAUCUCCACGCUGUUUCUCGCUGUGUUGCCGUUGGUGGGGUUACGUCGGCAGAUCGCCAGUAUCUUGGUGCCAAAAUGGCAGCAUCUUCCAUGAUUUGCCCUGAGACUGUGAGCAGGGUGAGUUCAGUCCUCAAUCGAGAGGCGAAGCAGUUCGGAAAGAAACACAUGUUCGAUGGGAACGAGGAAACAUGCUGGAACUCUGACCAGGGCUCCAUCCAGUGGCUGACGCUGCAGUUUCCACACACAGUCAAGGUUUCCCAAAUUCAAAUACAGUUCCAGGGGGGAUUUGCGAGUCGGAAAUGCCUGCUGCACGGUAAGGCAAAGGAGAAAGAACUUUCCCAGAUAACUGAGUAUGCAGAAGAUACAAACUCUCUCCAAAGCUUUUUUUUCUCUGAAGCACUUUUGGAUAAACUGAAAAUCACCUUUGAAGACAGCACAGAUUUCUUUGGCCGAAUCGUCAUCUACCACCUGGAUGUUCUCGGGGAAAAGCUUUAAUGCAAAAGGAAGCAAGCGUUGCCUUUCCUUCAGCAGAGAACUGAAGUGGUUCCAUGUUGCAUGGGGAAAAUUACCUUCUGUGACUCUUCAGAAAAACAUCUUCUGGAGGGAGGGCAUGUGGUUUUUAAGCUGCCUAGAAACUCUCCCCAAUCAUCCUCUUAUUUGAGGAUUUUUGAAGGAAAGAGGACAGCUUCUCUUUCGAAGAGUAAGAUAAUUUCCAGUUAAAUAAAACAGCUACUGUUUUUGGGCAGAAGGACCAUCGCUGUUGCUGGAUCAAGUUUGGCAAACGGACUGCUCCCUGAUACAGCAGCAUGCCAGAAAGGCUUCAGAAUAUUAAAUAAACACAUGCAAGAUCCAUCAGUGGGUUUUUACGGAAGAUCCAAAGUACAAAAAGAAACAGAGAGCUCUCAGACAGUGGCUGAUAAUACGCAAAGUGCUUGCUGCACCUCCACCUCCCACACUCUGCUUCUACCCUCCCCAGUGAUCAGGAGGGCUUUUAAAAAUUUAAUUUUGAACCAGACUUUCUUUUAAAAUAAGUCUCUCUCUUCCCUGCUGCAGGAGCAGCAGCAGCAGGAAGAGACAGAGAGUGUGUGUCGGGGGAGAGGGAGAGAUCUGUGCCUUUGAGGCUGAUUUGGUAGGCAAAGUUAAGAGAACCAGGAACUGAGAACUGGCAGAGUUCAGCAGACAAACUGCGCUGCAGGCUGUGUGCUACCUUCUUGUGUGUAAGCAGAGAAAUGGCAGACAAUCCCACUACAAGCCCAAUGCACAUUGAAGACCCCUGAGGUAAGCUUUCCAUGCAUAACGGGCCAGGGUACAGUUUUGGUUAUAAAGGAGGAAAGGGGGUAUAGAUAGUACAUUUUCAAAUUUGGUUAGAUACAGAGGAGAAAACAUACAGUGCCAAAUAACUGUCUUUACUAAACUCAUGCGAAGCAGCACAUUUUGUUCAACCAACCCUACAAAUGAAAUCCACAAAUGGUUUUAUUA